AAUUACUGUUAUUAUUUUGACAAAGCUCGUGUCUCAGUUUAGUUUCUCUGUGAGGGUGCAUGGCUCCCAUGUUGAAUGACACCUGAUUCUCUGUUAAUACCGACUGUUGAUGGGUCUUUUGUUCAGACUGAAGAGGAAGAGCACCAGAAAGGCAGACAGGCUCGCUGAUCUUUCUGAUUGGUGCUCCACGUCCUCUGGAGCCAAAGGGGCGUUUAGUCAUGUGGCCUAUGGUGUGGGUUGCGAUGCGGACCUAUGCGCCUUAUGUCACCUUCCCUGCGGCUUUUGUGAUCGGAGCAGUGGGCUACCACCUGGAGUGGUUCAUCAGGGGGACGCCCAACACCCGAGAUGAAGAGAGAAGUAUCUUUGAACUGAGGGAGGAAAGAAAACUGCAGGAACAAGUGGGUAAAGACAGCACUCAGGUGAUCAGCCUUAAAGACAAACUGGAAUUCACACCUAAAGCAGCUCUGAACAGGAACCGGCCUGAAAAGAGCAUUGGUGUGGCGGAUUAGAUGUUGCAGCAUCACCCAAGGAUUGCAAGAUUGUGUUCUCAGAGCAAAUGGGGCGAACUGGAGACCUUGAGUCACCCAAUUCUUUCACUUCUUCACUUACAACCACCUGGAAAUAUUAGAAUUUGUGGAUAACUUUUUAGUAGCUGGAUCAUAAAAAUCAUAUUCUUGUUUUGAAUAAGAGCUUCUAUGCGUUGCAUAUGAUUCUCUGACCGGUCCUUACAUGGUGCACAUACUUGGUCCUGCAUUGUUACAUCAUUCAAGCACACCAAUUAUAACUGUAGUUAUUGAACUUUUGGCUGUUUAAGCACGGGUUUGAUCUUAUCCGAGGUUGUGUUUGAUUUAGCUGUCUCCUCGUAUAAUUGAGAAACCUUUUUUUGUGUAUGUCUGUUUUUUGAAAAUAUAUGAUCCAGAUUUUAUUGUGAUGUCGUAACGAAGCCAAUCAUUCAUUGAGACAAAUGUUUCAAAGUUUCUGUCCUUCUGUAAAAUCUGUAUGUUCAGAUGGAACGUUUGAUUGUGGACAUGAAAGUGUGGAAUAACGACAGUUCUUUGUUGUUUUCAUCUCCUGUAACCUUUGAUGGUAUGUGACUAAAUAAACCAGCAGAGUGGGAGCUUUCUCAUGAGGAAUAAACUGCUGAGGUGUGUUGUUUGAAGCAUGCUCAUGAUACUUUCAUUUUAGAAAGUCUGUGUGGGUGGAACACCAAAAGUUUGUAAAAUAAUUGUAUGAUGAAUAAAGGAGAACUAUGUUCAUAUGCAGAAGAA